AUGACUGUGAGAAACAGCGGGGUCUGAGUGGACUAAAAGGCUGAGUGGAAAGGAGACAGCAGUACACAGAGCCAAUUGAAGGAGGAAACUGAACUUACAGCUGUUCUCCCCUUCGAAUUUGUUAAUCGCUUUCCCUCAAAGCUCCCAACCUGGUGAGACGCAGCGUUCAUUCGUUCCCCUCCCUGGCUCAGUGCCCCUCCCUUUCGCUAGCCCCCUUGUGCAGGGAGCGUGUCGUGGCCCCUGCUCUUGAGCUGCUCAUUGGGAGUGCGGAGCUGAGCUCAUGGCCUGGCCGGGAUCUGCCGCCGCCACUGCCUCUGCCGCCACCGCCUGUCUCCUGCUGGUGUGAGCUAGGGACCAACUGACUGACGGACUGACGAGCCCCGAGCAGUGGCUGAGCCCGGAGCCGGGGACGCCGCGCUGGGGCUAAGCCCGCGGCUGCCCCCGCUCCGCUUUGGGAUUAUUCAAUGCCUGAUAAAGGAGUGACAGAGCCGAGUACCGCGCAGAGAGGACCCGAGCUGCAUGGGAGGAAAUGAGUGUGGCGGAGAAGCAGCCACCCCCCGCACCGCGUGAGCGCCCAGUCACCCUGUUGGUCCCCACUUGGACUAAAACGGGUAUAGCACUGUUGUAUGAUGAAGGGUCUGAAAAUGCUUUUGACAUCCGAUUGAAACUCACAAAAGAGGUACUCACAAUUCAAAAGCAAGAUGUCAUCUGUGUUAGUGGAAGCAAUCAUAGUACAAAUCACAGAACUGUUAUACUUCGCAGACAACCUGUCGGGGGCUUGGGCCUAAGUAUUAAGGGAGGUGCUGAACACAAGGUACCUGUUGUCAUCUCAAAAAUAUUCAAAGAUCAAGCAGCUGACCAAACAGGAAUGUUAUUUAUAGGAGAUGCAGUAAUACAGGUUAAUGGCAUUAAUGUAGAAAAUGCAACCCAUGAGGAAGUGGUACAUCUAUUACGAAAUGCUGGCGAUGAAGUUACCAUCACUGUUCAGUAUCUCAGGGAAGCUCCAUCAUUUCUGAAGCUCCCAUUAGGGUCCCCAGGACCAUCCAGUGACCACAGCAGUGGGGCCUCUUCACCUCUCUUUGAUAGUGGUUUACAUUUAAAUGGAAACUCCACCAACACAGCACCAUCAUCACCUUCCUCGCCCAUAGCUAAUGAACCAAAAUAUGAGAAGCGCUGGCUAGACACCUUAUCAGUUCCUCUCUCUAUGGCUCGAAUCUCAAGGUACAAAGCGGGAACAGAUAAAUUAAGAUCUAAUGCCUUUGAAGUGCUCGCCCUGGAUGGAGUCAGUACGGGCAUCAUUCAGUUUUAUACAUCCCAGGAGAGUGCUGACUGGCUAAGAGCAGUAUCAGCUAACAUUGGUGAUUUGACGCUUCAAAAUAUGAAAAUGGCAAAUAAAUGCUGUUCUCCUUGUGACCAGGUUGUACAUAUGGGGUGGGUAAAUGAAAGGCCCCAGGGAACUGACUCAUCUCAACCCUACAAACACAAGUUCCUCGCCCUGAAAGGUUCAUCUUUCUACAUUUUCAGCACUCCACCGGUGAGUACAUUAGACUGGGUACGAGCUGAAAAAAUCUAUAACCUCUGUGAGGUACUAUUUAAAGUUCACAAGCUCUGGCUUGCUGAUGACUACUGGUUACAAGCAAACUUUUAUCUAGGUCUUCACCAGGACUAUGACCUGGAAGACCAACGGCCAUAUUGCUUCAGUGUCAUGGUUGGACAGGGAAAAAGUCAUUUUUUCAAUGUAGAGCUAGGGAGCGAGCUAGCUGUGUGGGAAAAAUCAUUCCAAAGAGCCAUUUUCAUGGAAGUUCAAAGGACAGGGUCCAAAACAUAUAUGUGCAGCUGGCAAGGAGAAGCACUGUGCUUCACAGUGGAUUUUGCCUUGGGAUUCACCUGUUUUGACAGUAAAACAAAGAAUGUUCUCUGGAGAUUUAAAUUCUCUCAGCUUAAGGGAUCCUCUGAUGAUGGAAAAACACGAGUAAAGCUGCUAUUUCAGAAUCUAGACACCAAACAAAUCGAGAUGAAGGAACUUGAAUUCCAGGACCUGACGGCUAUUUUGCAUUGCAUACACUCCUUUAUUGCUGCAAAAGUGGCAUCAGUAGAUCCCAUGUUUAUAGACAGCCAGAGUAUUGCAAGAAGAUACAUGUAUAGCAAUUGAAAAUUGCUUCUGUCAAGUGAUUACCGAAAAUUAAAUUAUUUUCUUAAGAAAUUAAUUCUUUCCUGAACAAUAUUGCAACUUUGUGUGAUUUUAUAAUGAACCUAUAGUUGUGAUACCAAUAAAAUAUGUAACUAGUUUCCAAAUUUGGGUCAUACUUGUUAAACUUGACAAUUUACAACAUGUUUGUUCAGGACAAUCAGCUUCUUGUAUGUAAUGUAAAUCAGAAUUCCCAAGUGAAGUGAUCUAUAGCAUUUCCACAGUCAUUUUUACAAGAAAUAUGAGACACCAAGGACUCGACUGCCCCAUUGGGAAGAUUCAUCAGUAAUAUAAAUGGAGGGACUGGGAUCCCACCAUUUUGUUUUCUCUCAUAAGAGACUGACUCAGUUUGCUGGUCUUAUUUUGUGAGAGAUGGAUGUGAGGGAGAUGAGAUGUUGAAAUAGAAUUCCUACAAUGUAGGUUCUUCAGAAUAUUUUUUUAAGUUUUUCUUCUCAAAAGAAAAAAUCUC